AUGGCGAUGCAAUAUUUCAACCAGAUUAAAAACCGGCGACGGUCAUCCCAGAUCGUGAUUCCUCCCAAACCCGUCUUGACUGCGGAGGAUGAGGCCUUUUUACAAAAGGUCACGUCCGACCCGGAGCACAGGCCAAGCACUGCAGCCCAGAACGAGUCAGAGGGCCUAACAGAGAGCUCCCAGAAGCCCACUGUUGACGACGGUGCCCUUGAUGUUCCACUGCCUGCUUCUCCAGUAGAGGAGUUUGGAAAGGAGCUUGGCGAGGAAGACAGAAAGGCACGAGAGCAGCCUAAAGAUAUUAGGACGAAGUCUGAACCUACCAAGCCACAUGAUGCUCCCGUAGCAGAGAAGAAGAAACGAUGGAGCACGAUGUUCUGGAAGAAACCCACCGAUACGAAGAAGAAGAAGGGAACGACUCCCACGGACAAGUCAAACGCUGAAGCAUCCGCCCCUCCUUCCACGACAACGGCUGCAACAGAUGACGGAGAAGAAGCGCGAAAGGACCAGGAAGACAUGACUGAUAUUUUAGAACGCUUGAACCUUGCCGCUGACAACAAUCGGGUCUUUUCAGUCAGCGAAGAAACCCAGGAACUGCUCCGCAAGUUCAAGUUGAUCUUCAAAGAUUUGAUAAAUGGUGUUCCAGCAGCCUAUCAUGACCUGGAAAUGUUGUUGACGAACGGCAACCGGCAAUUACAAGAUACAUACACCAAGCUACCGGGGUUCAUGCAGAAGCUUAUUGAGAAGCUUCCAGAGAAGUGGACCGAAUCCCUGGCUCCAGAGAUGCUUGCUGCUGCCAGUGAACGUGCCAGUCGGAGCGGUAUCAACAUGGAGAACGUGGGCAAAGCAGCUGCAGUUGCAGCUGCCGAAAAGGCGGGCCUUAACGUUCCAAGCCUUAAAGACCUUGUCUCUAAGCCUGCAGCAAUUGUCGGCAUGUUGCGGUCCAUUAUGCAAUUUUUGCGGGCUCGUUUCCCGGCUGUCUUGGGCAUGAAUGUCCUCUGGUCGCUGGCACUAUUCAUUCUUCUUUUCGUCCUGUGGUACUGCCACAAACGUGGCCGCGAAGUCCGUCUGGAGAAUGAGCGGCUGGUGACAGACGAAGAAAUCAAGAAGCUGAAUGAGAGCAGUACCGAGGGCCAGAUUCGCCCGACCGAGACCUUAACAACCACCGCACCCCAAGGUGCUUCCGCUGAGGAAGUGCGUGAAGGUGUGAAGAGAGUAGAGGAAGCCAGGGCUUCAGCGGUUGAUGUCGCGGCUGCCUCUGAUCCCGAGCCGGAGACACAGAAGGUGAACGAUGAGACCCCUCAACCGGCUGCAUUCCCAACACGGUCGAAGUCAAAGCUGGCUAUCUGGACUCGAUCCAAGCCUGAACCCACUUCAAAUAAUAUCUCGCCUUAUCCCGGGACCUAA